CUAGGCAACCUCUACCCGCCCACGGGGAGGCCGCUAGCUUAGUGUGGGCCGCGGCGCCAUGGACUUGUUCAUCACGCAAGAGCUGGCCCGUGCUGAAAGUCACCAAGAUGCAGCCGCGCUGCAGCGAGCCUAUGAGCUGAUCAAGUCCGCCAACCUGGGGAAGUCAGAGUUUGACCCCACAGAAAGCUUCAGCCCUGACCUGUUCGUACUGUGUGCAGAACAGGCUCUCAAGAUGGGACAGCCCAACGUGAGUGAGGACUGCAUCCAGAUGUACUUCAAAGUGAAGGGGCCAGUCACCCAGUUUCUGGGCAGAGCACACCUAUGCAGGGCCCAGCUGUGUGCCCCACAGUCAGAGAAAAAUGUGGAGGAAUUUGAAAAUUGUGUGACUCAAUACAUGAAGGCUAUAAACUUUGCAAAAGGAGAACCAAGGUACUACUUCUUGGUGUUCAAUGCUUCAGUGCUCUACUGGCAGAUGGUGCGUCCAUUUCUCAAGCCUGGAUGUCACCACCUUGUGAUACCUAGCCUCUCACAAAUCGUCAGUGUGUUAAAUCAGACUGAGGAAGAAGACAUGGAGUGGAGGGCAGAGCUGAUGCUGGAACUUCUUGAAUGUUACCUGCAAGCUGGAAGGAAGGAGGAGGCCGCCAAGUUUUGCACCACGGCAGCUCCGUUCAUAAAAGCUAAUGUGCCACAGAAGUACCAGCAAAUAUUCUCAGUUAUGGUUCUACAUGAACUCAUGGAUGAGGCUGUUUUAAUGGAAGAGAAGAAACAUUCCAUUAGCCUGUCUGUCUGUUUCUACAUUAAUAUGUUAAAAGUAAAACUGGAUAAAAAUGAGUUACCAGAAAAUGUCUACCAUAUUUUAAAGAAGGCCUAUGGACAUUUGAGUCAUUACAACCACCAGCGCUUUCCUUCAAUCAGAGAAGAAAAAAUCCUUUUGAUUUUUGAGUUAGCCCGUCUUUCUCUGAACUUGAAGUGUGAGGAGAUAGCCAGCAACUGCCUCUCAGACCUGAAGAAAAUGGAAAGCAAAGACCCUGGAAAGCUGAUUGAGAUUGAAUGUCUGGAGUGUGAAUUAGAAGCUUUGAGACUUGACAGUCAAAUUAAAACAUACUUCCGAGGAGCCGUUGAGGCCCAGCUGAACAUCAUAAACAGGCUGGACAUGGCACUGCAGCGGGCUGUCCGCCUGGGUGACCCCCGGGCCAUCCAUGUGCUGUGUACUGCCCAGUGGAACACCUGCCUGCCUCUGCUGCAGCACAGCCUGCGGCACCAUCUGCGGAAGCCACUGACCAACAUUGCAGAGAUCCUGGAAAAGGUGGACAGUCUCAUGACAGUGCUGCGCUGCCAAGUACAUAUGGAGAUGGCAUACAUAGAAGAGGACGAGGACCGGCUGGAGCCUGCCAUGGAGCACCUGAAGAAGGCCAUGCACCUGGACAGCCUGGGCCUCUAUCAGGACAAGCUUAAGAUGGCUUUCAAUCGGUUGCAUCUAUGCACAAUGUUGUACCAGUCCCCUGAGCGUCCCGAGGACAAGGCCAUCAUGGCCAUAGAGCAGGCAAAGAAAGCCAUCCCAAAAGAUAGUGUUAGGAAGAAGCGGGCACUCCUGGUGAAUGCAGGCCUGGCCCUUGCCCCUGACACCUUCCAGAUUGUGCUGGACAGUGAGAAUGAAGCCAAAGUUUCCACUGGAAAAAACAGAGGUCGGUUUACCUACCUGUGCGCAAAGGCUCGGCAUCACACCCUCAGCGUGGACAAAGCCGCUGGACACCUUCGGCGCCUGGGAAGUGAGAAUGCCAAAGAGAGAAUUCAGAUUUGGGCCAAGCUGGCCAAGGUUGCCAGGAAGCAAGGUGUGUGGGACGUGUGUCGCACAGCAAGCCGCUUCUGCCUCCUGUAUGACAGUGUCAAGUCAAAGAGACAGGCAAAGCUGAGGCGAGGAAGGAAGAAGAAAGGGAGUGAUGUCCCCAUGCAGGAUGGUAAUAGCCAGUCUGAGGGCUUCCUGCAAAUACACAUGUACCCUGACCUAUUGAGGAAGAUUGCGGAGGUUGGGUUUAUCAAUGCAGAGGCCACUGUCCACUUGCUGCGCUCAGAAGGUGUGCAGCUGAAUGACUCUGCUAUUCCCCCUGAGGACCUGAGCCAGCACCCAGCGGGCUAUGUGCCUGAGCCUCCAGAGGCCAAUGCAGAGUGGAUCACUUACAGAACCUGGAUAGAAAACCUGUCACAGUAUGCCAUGCACAACUGGCUACACUCUGCAGAAAUCGGUCAGGAGAUAGGGGAGGCCUGGAUUGUGCAAAACGCUGUGGUCUAUGUCCUGAACCACAACCGCCAUCUCAUCAUGGCCGGGAGACAGAAGGACCUGGUGGAUGCCCUGAAUCAGCUUCUGAACAUCAUCAAGGACACUGGCCAUAAUGGGGACUCAGUUCUGUUAGCCAUGCUCUGCAAUGCCUUGGCUCGAGGCCUCAUCCUCACCUGUAUACCCACCCAGGCACCUGAAAAGGCAAAAAAGUCUGUGCGUCCAAAUGUAGUUCAUGUUUCACUGGAGACAGGAACUACCUCUGAUAUCAAAGCAGCAGUGGAGGUCUGUGAGUUUGCAUUGAACCUGACCAAUGGGAGUAUACCUGAGGAAGUGGUCCCUACCAGUGUGCGGCAGCAACUCAUUGCCACCUGGGUGAAGGCCAAACAGAUGCUACAGCAGCAGAUUGGGCAGCGGCUGGGCACUGAUGAACAGAGCACCAAUGAGGACAUCAGCUCUGUGACCAGAGUUCUUGUUGCCCUUGAGAUGUAUUCCUGCAAUGGGCUGGGCCUCAUGGACUUCACAGUGCCCCCCCUGGCCCAAGUGGUGAAAAUGGCCUCUGAGUGCAACUGGUCAGAACCCCUGGUGGAGUUGCAGACCCUAACACGCCUCACUCACUUCGCCUAUGCAGCCCAUGACCAUGACGUCACCAUGGCAUGCUCUGAGAAUGCCACGCAGAUGGGCAUCAAGUAUCUGAGGUCGUUUGAUCAGGUGGAUGUCCAACUGGCAGCAGAAAUGCUGUGCACAGUGUCCUGUAUCCAGGGCCGGAGCAUCAUGGAGAACCUGAAGGGCAGGAAGCAGUUGCGGCUGGCGGCAGCUAAGGCUUUUUUAGAGAGUGCCAGAUUUGGGGGCCUGGCAGGCAGCAGUGCCCUGGUGAUGCUGGCUGCUCGGCACUACUGGAACACGUGGCUCCCACUCCUGUCCUCAGCAGGCAACAGGAAGAAGGCCAAGGGAUCGCUCCAGAGGAUCAUCAGUAUCAUAAACAAGACGGAGUCCAAAAAGCAGGAGACGGGGAAGACACUACUUCUACACCAGUGGCCCACAGCUGACUUCCAGGGUGGUGGCACAACAACUGAAGGCCAUUUUCUUUCAGGGGCCGAGGAUGACCUCACACUCCGUGCCGCACUCUAUGGCCUGCUCUUCCACAGCCAUGUCGACCAAGAUGACUGGGAGGGGGGCCUCAAGGUGCUGGACGAGGCCGUGCAGGUGCUGCCACGGACAGCCCACCGCCUCUUGAUUUUUAAACAUAUGGUCAUCGUGAAGGCCAAACUUGGCCAGAACUUUACCAUGGAAAUCCAGAAGUUCAAGGAUGAGAGUGAAGACUAUUUGGCCCAUAUGUGGCACCGCCUGGCCCUAAACUCGAAGAAUGUCUAUGGAGUGCUUAACUGUUAUCAAAAUGCAAUCCAGGCACUGCAGAAACCCGAGAGUGACUGGCAGAAGGUGGACUACAUUGUGGAGUUCAGCGAGUGGAUGUAUUACCAACAAUUUCCUCUUGACAGUGUCAUCUCCAACCUCGAGUGGGCCAUCAACAUCCUGCUGGCCAUAAAACCUGUGAAAGACGUCUCAGAACCAGCACCCAGGCAGGAAGGGGAAGGCCAUAAUUUGCCAGCCCAGUCCUCCAUAGAGAGUUCAGUGGCCCCCAACAUGGAACCGGUCUCCCUGGAGCAGUUUCAGAGUGUGAGACAGUUGGAGGCACUGGCCCGUGUGCACAUCCUGCGGGCCCUGAUAGUGUCCUCCAGCUCCACCACCCACAAGGAUGACUGUCUCAUGGCAUACACUUUCUUCAGACACAUCUGUCAGAUUUCCUUGGUAACUGGAGUAAAAUUAAUUCCAGAAAGAACUGUAGCAGCCGUCAGCUCACAACUAUUACUGACUAAAAAGGACAAGGAGAAAAGUAAGGAAAAGGAGAAAGAGAAAGAAAAGGAGAAGGAGAAAGAGAAAGAGAAGGAGAAGGAGAAGGUCAAGGACGUGAAACAGCCUUUGACCUUUGCUUCCAGUAAACAGCCCAAAGAUAUCCCCACCAGCAUAGAAGAAUGGGCCUCCUACUCCUGCCCUGAGGAACUGUUAUCUGUGUUCAAGGAAGACAAAAGCGACUUAAUGAUUAACUCAUCAAGUUUCCAGAAGCCAACGUACAGUUUGUACUACCUGGAUCACUUGGUGAAGGCCCUUCAGAAGAUGUCCCUUCAUGAGCUCAGCAUCCCCAUCUUGCAGCUGGGCGUGCUCAUUGCAGACGCCGUGGUGGAAAGCAAAAGCCUCGCAGACCUCUACCACCUUCGACUUAUACAGGUGUGCUCUGACCUGAGGCUGUGCUACGCGGCAGCUCACCAUGAAGAGAUUGUUGGGCAGAUAUACAUUGGAGAUGUGGAACAGGCCAGCUGCAGAAAAGAGAUUGCAUUUAAAAAGGAGAAAAACAAGGAACCUGUGAUCGAAGACAGCCUGCCAACCCUGCACGAGCAGUUGGCUUCUGAGCCAAAGCCACUCGUAGCACAAGACAAGAUUUUGAAGAUCAAUGGAAAGAAUGGAAGGGGUCUGGAUGGAAUGGCCUACCCCCAGCUGUGGAUGCUCAAGGGAGAAGUCCUGUUGGACAUGGAGCUACACCAGCCUGCACGGCUGCUCUUGGCAGAGGCCCAACAGGCUUUCAAGGAACUUGAUGACACUUGUGCAGAAUCACAGUGCCUGUUCCUUCUAGCACGGUUGGCCAACAAGGAAAAGAACCACAAGCAAGCUAUAUCAAUGAUUGAGAAGGCCCAUAAUCUGGGAGGAACUGAAGAGUUCUGGUAUAAUUCAACCUUGAUACUGAUUGAGGCAAUCUUGGCCUCUGAAGAGGAGGGAAAAGAAGUCAUGGUUUGCAGUCUGUAUCAGAAACUUAUAGAAACUUUCAGCAUCCUCCAGAAAGAAAGGCCUAACCGAGUGCCCAUGCUGCAAUUCCUCACCAUGGAUCUGAAGGCCAGGUACUUGAGCCUUCAAAUUCAAGUUGUCUGGAACUUGGCCAACAAGGAUCUUCCCAAGUGCCCAUUUCUGCUGACGGAGCUAGAAGAGAACCUGUUGGAACUUGAGAAGAGGUUUACAUACCAUGGCUACACAGAAAACUGUGUUGAUAUAAAAAUAGAACGUGCCAGAAUUAAGAGGUUUUAUGCCCAAAAUGAGAAAGAUGAAGAAAAAAAAAUUGUAUAUUACCUGGACGCAUAUGACUUAGCCCAGAAAGCUAUGGCUGAAGAAGAAGAAAUACUUCACAGAAUUCGGGGACUGCUGUCUCUGCAAGAUUUACAGAACAUCAACUCUCCACUGAUGAGGAAGCUGGCCAACCUCAAGCUCCACCUAUCAGGAGCCUGCCUGGACAUGCUGCAGGCAGUUUGUAAGGAGUCCCUGGAGCGGCAACUGGAGCAGGGGUCCUUGGAGAAGCUGCUAGCUGACUAUCUUCAGAACACCAGCGACUACUCAUCCAUUGACUUGCAAUGGUUAACACUGAAGAGGACGGCACCGCACAUAGUGCUGGCUCAUCUAGAAAGCCUGCAGCCACUAUGCAUUGGCUGUGUGGAGAUCCGCGCCCAGUUUCUGUGCCUGGCUGGAAGGACCCUCCAUCUGCUGGCUGUGGAGACAGACCCUGUGCACCACUCCUUCUGCUGGGAAGAGGGCUUCUUGGUGGGCGCUGAGCUGAGCAGCCUCCAAUCUCUAGAGCAGGAAGCAGAAGGCAAGGGUGCUGAGGCCACCUCCAAGGAUCUGCUAGGCUUUAAGAAAGCCUCCAAAGAGAACAUCUGGAAGGCAGAUGGUCUGAAGAAGAGGGUUGUGCUGGCUCAGCGGUACCUGGCCCAGGCAUCCGAGGUGCUUCUGCAGUGUCUUCACAUCGCCCUGGGUAGCCGCCUACUGGAUAUCGCAGCAGCUGUCAGCAUGGAGAUGGUGGAGUUUACUGGCACAUUAGAACCCAUGGCCACCUGCCAGUUCCUGGCACUGUCUCAGAGCUGCUCCACCUCAGAGAUGAUGCGGAAUAUCCUACUCAAGGCCACAACCAACACCAGCAGCUCACAGCUGGCAGCCCUACUGCAGCUCCACCAGCAGCUGAGGCAGCAGGACAAGACUUCCACCAGCCUGUUUGCAAGUGUGGAGCAGGGACUGGCUGUCAUCUCUAAGGCUUGGCAGAACCUCUGCGUCACAGAGCAGCAUUUCAACUUCUUGAGCGAGAUCCCACCCAUGUUUCGGGUCCUCUUUCUGCAGCACUCGCAGGACAGGUCCUACCUGUACGGUGCUACUUAUGAAAGGCCCAAGUCCACAUCUACACCCAAAGGAAAGGUGAUGCCAAUUGGCGGUCACUGUAAGGUGAUACGGGUACCUGUGAAUCCAUCUGCUUUCUCAGACAUGUUGUCUAGUGUUGAAUGGUUCCAGAAUCAGGCCCAGAAAUCAGACGCCUUGCAUGAAGAAGAGAGAGGACGGUAUCUGCAGAGGCUCAACAGCAUCCUGGCCUGCAUGGAAGAGUACCUGAAGCCUGUUUCUCCCCUGUUCAGCUUCCCAGAAGCCAGAUUGCAAGUGCCCAUGCCUGUGGUUGACCCAGGGAAGCCCAAGAGCAAAGAGAAGGAAAGGAAACCAUCAAUCCCAACAGUGCAGCCAGAGCCUUCAGACAUAAUUCUGAUUACAGACAAGCUUCUACUGGAGCUGCCCCUGGAGGGACUCUCUGAGCUCAACCGGGGAACAAUCACCUCAGUGUCACGGGAGUUUUCUCUCCAGAUGCUGUGGAAUCGCCUCCAUAGAGAUGAGACAGAAAAUAGUGUGAAGAAGGAAGGCAAAAGCAAAGACUUUAAGAAGAAGAAUCCAGGAAAGAAGGGCUUGAAGGGUAGCAUGAUCCGUGUGAUCCCACAGGACUGCCUCUUAGUCGACUCAGACUUCUUCAAAUUCGUUGUGGACCCAUUCGAUGAGGCCCAGUGCAAAGAGAUGGUGAAUCCUGUCUCUGUGACCCAGGAAAUCUUAGAAAAGUUUCAAGACACGUUCACUGCACGAUGGAUGGGGCAUCUGGGAAGCCACAACUUUCCAAGCCAAGCUGACUGGGAGCAGGUGCUGAGCAGUUGUAGAGGUUUCUUCUUCUAUGGGAUGGAGAAUUUCCUGUCUCACAUUGUAGUGGACAGACUGGUUGCUAUGGACCUGCAAGAAUGCCAGAUGAUGAUCCUGCUGGACAUGACACGGUCUGAUGAGAGCUGGCGGCGAAAGAUGUCAUCCUCAGAGAACAAGAGCACAUCUCAGCAAUCCUUGGAGAAACCCAUUGAAACUGCCAUCCUUCUGAGCUUGGUGGGGGUCAGGAGCAUCGUGGCCAACCAGUGGCCAGCACUGCUGCAGGACAACGCGCUGCGGGCCAGUAUCCUGUGGGAAAACCUGCUGGCAAUUGGCAAGCCAAUUGGGAGAGCAGUCCGUCUCCUUCAGAAGAUGGAAGGCAAUGAAAUGGUUACCCGAGAUGAAGAUCCUCAGAACUCCAAAGACAAGACAGUGCCCUCUGAUUUGCAGUCCCAAAGCCCUGAGUUGCACCCCACUGCCCUGUGUCUGGUUCUGUAUGGACUGCCACACCAAGCUAUUGUGUGAACCCCCACUGGAAUUACCUCCCAGCAGUUCAUGGAGUCCCAGCAUCUUCCUGGGGGCCAUUACCCUUGGCUCUGUUGUAAGACCCCCCCCCCAGUUGGGGCUCUCACCUUCUCCUUUUGGGCUUCUCCCCAGCCUGAACACACCUGGCCUCUGUCCACAGUGUUUUAGUAAAUGACAAAAACAA